AGAAGCAGAAAUACUAAAAAUGUAAAUAUUGCAGGUUUUGUUGUGUUUUGAAUUUGUUAUUGUAAUAUGCAGUGUAUUCACAAAAUAUCUAUUAAAUUACUUCUUAUUAAUCGAUAAACAGUGGUAGUCGAAAUGCCUGUAGAUAUCAAGGAACUCACAGAGGGCUGGCUUGAGCUAGAAAGCGACCCCGGCUUAUUCACAUUACUUCUAGAAGAUUUCGGCGUAAAAGGGGUGCAAGUAGAAGAAAUAUACGAUCUCAAUAAACCGCUAGAUAGCCCCGUCUACGGUUUCAUAUUCCUCUUCAGGUGGGUCGAAGAAAGACGGUCCCGAAGAAAGGUGGUCGAGCAAAAUGAAACCUUUGUUAAAGACGAAGAUGUUGUCAACAACAUUUUCUUCGCCCAGCAAAUGGUACCGAACAGUUGCGCAACGCACGCUUUAAUAUCGAUAUUGUUAAAUUGUCCUACUAUACAUCUAGGUGAGACCCUGGCUAGAUUGAAAGCCCACACGCAAGGCAUGAGCCCCGAUAAUAAAGGCUGGGCUAUCGGCAACACACCAGAAUUAGCCUGUGCUCACAAUUCUCACGCUAUGCCCCAGGCUAAAAGAAGACUGGAGAAAGGAAGCGGAGUCUCUACAGGACGAUUUACAGGAGAAGCAUUCCAUUUCGUUAGUUUUGUACCAAUCGGUGGAAGACUAUUCGAAUUAGACGGUUUGAAGCCAUUUCCUAUCGAUCACGGUCCUUGUAACGAUAUGGAAUGGACAGAUAAAUUCAGAUCUGUAAUAACCGAUAGAUUGGGCAUUACAGCAGAUGAAUACAAUGAGAUUAGAUUCAAUCUAAUGGCUGUGGUGCCUGAUCGAAGACUGGCAAUUCAACAUAAACUAAAAAUGUUAAGAACUAACAAACAAAUUGUGCUAGAUGCUCUACAACAUUUGAUGAAAAUUAAGGAGAAAGGGACUGUGAAAACGGAGAAUGUAAAUGAAAACGAACGGGGUAGUUCUGCUGCAAAUAUCGAAGAGUCCGCAGAUUCCGUUAAAGAAGGUUCUCCAGAGGAAUCGAAUUUAAUUAAACCACCUGACAUACCACCGACAACCAGCAAAGUCACUUUAUGUCCAUUGGAUUACUCUACACCUUUAACAAUACAAACCUCCCCAGCUCCGAGUACUUCGGGCACAGACACGCCGUCUGAUUUGGGUUCUGCUUUCAAUUCCCCGACGCAAACCUGGACGAAUUGGGCGAACUCUUCGACUAGUCAAAACAGCCCCGUUUCUAAGGAUUUAAAAAGAUUUGUAGUGCUUCGAAUGACCGAACAAGAAGACAAAGAAAAAGCUGUUAAUGCUUUAAAUCCCGAAAAUCAAGAAAGAAAAUCUAGCGGGGGUCACGCUAGAGUGCAUACAAGCGAUGGAGAUCCGGUUAUAGCUGAAAAGAAGAAUCAGGAAUUGCUGGAGCCGCACACAUUCGCACCGAAGGACCUUUUGGCUUUACUGAGGAAUCUGGAGAAUGAAAUUUGCGUGUGCGAAGUUAGUCUUAAGGACGAAAACGACAAGCAAAACAAAUAUAGAGUAGAUGAUAGUAGAAGAACUCAUAAUUACGAUGAGUUUAUUUGCACAUUCCUGUCUAUGUUAGCGGAACAAGGGAAAUUAGCGGAUUUAGUGGAACAAAAUUUGGUUGUCCCAAAGCGACCUAAUAACUCAACACCCAUACCGAAACCCACUAAGAAAAAGAAAGACGGCGCUAAAAAGAAAAAGAAAGGUCGCUCAAAGGUGAAAAAAAGAAGAUAAUUAAUUGUUCGUUGUUGAUUGAGGCUUUUUAGUUAUUUUUUUUUUUGAAAUAUGCAGUAACGAAUUACUUAGAGUAUAAGAAAAAUCCUAUUUAUUGUUUAGCUUAAGCUCAUUCUGUGAAUACGAAUCUGUCCUUUAUAUCAGAAUUGAAAUGUUUAUAUUAUGAUUUUUAUAAAAUAUUGUAAAUGCGUUUUGCAUAAAACGGAUACAAUUUAUAUGA